GUGUGGUGCUUUUAUGCAAAGUUGUUAUAGUAUAACCUAUCUCUUGAUUACGUUAAAUUAAAUAUUAUUAAAUGUAUUAUUACAUCAAGUGCAGUGUACGAUCUUAAAUCUGUUCAAAGGAUUCAAAUUAAUCCAUUUAAGUCGGAAAUUCGAACUCGGGUUCAAGUGACCCCCACCGGAAGUUAUGCAGCUCUCCCUGACUCACGUCUCCGCCGGAUGCGCGAAGUCUAGAGCAAUGAAGACAGUUGUGGAAAACUUCAUGAAAGACGAUGAUAAUGAGGAGUCUUCAUCAGCACAAGAAGACGACUCUCCGAUGCAGGGACCAACGGGACAAAACGAAUUAGAUGUAACAGUAGAGAAGCCAGCGCCAGUUGAAAAACGAAAAUCAGUUGACUCGGAAUUAAAAUUAGCUCAAGAAGAUAAUAAUGAUCCCAUUAUGUCAGUAUUUCAAGUAAAUCCAACAGAAGAUAUAAAGAAGUCUAUUCAGUCGAUUAAAUCCGAUAUUCAAGCAAUAGCAGAAGAGCAUCCAGCUGUAGAGGACUUAGCAUAUCAGAUAGAAACGAACACGGAGGAGGUUGGCGAGUUUAUGCAAGAAGAAAUUCCAGAGGAUUGAUUUUAUCGAACUCUAUAUUGUGUUAUUAUUUGAUAAUAUAUAUUUUUACAUUGAUUAUAAAUA